AUAUAAUAGACAAUAACUCAUAUCUAUCCCAUUUCAACUUUACAUUAUCAACAUGGCUUGCGAUUGCGGAUCUUCUUGCAACUGCGGAGGAGCUAGCUCAUGCAACUGUGGAGAGAGCUGCACUUGCAAGGGUUGCGGUAAAUAAGCCGUACGAGUUUGCGACUGUCCGAUCACGUACAGCAUCCAGCAAAGAAUUAAGCAGAUUGAUGUCUAGUGUCUCAAUAUAAACCACAUUAAUCAAG